UUAAGAACCGUUGUAAUCGCGCACUAAGUAAAGUACAAGAAAAUUUUGAUAGAAAAUUGAACACUAUUCCACCCCUGUAACUGAAAGAGUAAACUUUCUAAUUUCUAGACGGCACUCAGUUCUAUUUUACAAACUAUCCAAAAUACCAUGAACAUACCUGAAUUGGGAAGUACCAGCAUAAUUUUAACGGCAAUAGUAUCUCUUUGUGCAAUAGCAUACUUUUUUGCAGGCAGAAAGAAAUACAAAUUGCCUCCUGGGCCAACUGGCUUGCCAAUUGUGGGUUAUUUACCAUUUGUGGAUAAGGAGCCACAAAAGACAUUUGCUGCACUAGCCAACAAGUAUGGAAAUGUGUUUGGGCUGUACCUUGGAAGGAAGUAUACUGUUAUUCUCAACGACUGGACAUCAGUUAAAGAUGCCUUCAGCCAAACUGCUACUGCCAAUAGACCAGAAGAUUUCUUUGGUCUGCUGCCUGGAGGUUUCGGUUUCGGUGGUAAAAAUGGCGUCGAAUGGUCAGAGCAAAGAAAAGCCUCCAUGAAAGCUAUGAAAAAUAUUGGAUUAGGAAAAACAAGAUGGGAAGAUUUAGUACAAGAAGAAAUCAAUGAAUUGGUGAAUCUGAUGCAACAAGAGGAUGGAAAGCCCUUGGAUGUCUCUGAGUUUUUUUCAUCUACUUUUGCUAACAACAUAAUGACUCUGCUGUUCGGAAACCGACUACCUCUUGGCCACCCAGCUACGCUUGCAAUGAGUCAAUAUGUGGAUUCGGUAGUAAGAUCGUUUCCUUCAGUAUCAGUUACCGCCGUUUUCCCUUGGUUGGUCAAACUACUUGGGAAAAUCGGAAACUUCAAUGAUUCCAUAUCUCUGAAAAAACUAUCCGAAUUUAACGAAUUAAUUACGACAAGCGAAGACAUAAAAGUACAGGGUUACGACAUACCAAAAGGCACUUACAUCUUAGUGAACACCUGGCUUCUCCACAACGAUCCAAAAUACUGGCCCGAACCUGAGAAAUUCAUCCCAGAGCGUUACUUGUUGGAUGACGGAAAGCGGGUUAAUUACCAGCCAGACAGCUACAGUCCAUUUUCAUACGGAAAAAGAAGUUGCCCUGGUGAAAUGGUGGCUUUGGUAUCAUUACUGCACUACUUUACUACUAUAAUGCAGAAGUUCAAAGUUCUACCAGAAGGAGAAAAAAUAGAAUACGGAACAAUUUUUGGCCUCACUUGCAAUCCGACGAAUGUGAAACUUCGUUUCAUUGCUAGAGAAUAAUUUUUUCAAUGAACUCUGAUUACGAGUAAAUAAAGAAGAUUCAGAUAAAUUUGAUCUUUAAAAUCUGAUAGUAUUGAGAUUGCAAUAAUUAAAAUAGGACUUUUGAUAUUUAAAAGCUGAUAAUAUGAAUCAAAAACGGACUUACACUUUGAAUACUAGGAAGAUUCAAUGUUUUAAUCGCAAGUUUCAGCUUUUGUUCGCUGAAAAGGAAUAACUCAUUUUAUAGACUGGUGCCAAACAAUUCUUUACACCAUUCCAAACUUUGGGAAGAAAUGUGCAUUGUUUCUGGGGAAAACUGCAGUUGAAGUUUCAUUCCUUAUUGGCUUAACAUUGUAUAAAUAUACAUUUUGACGCCCCUGUGGACAUUGUAUCAUACGUGCAGACACUGUGUCGCCCCUGUGAACAAGCAUUGUAUAAAUAUAUAUGAAAAUA